AUGGCACAAUACUAUGAGAUUGUACAGCAAGAUGAACUUAAAAACGUUUAUCCGCAGCUAAAUAUCGACAACGGUAUCCAGCUUGUCAUGGGCGACGAUAUACAGUUCGGUUCGCAGCAAGUAAUACUUUCUCAUGAGCAAUCCAACGACAUACAGUUGAUUGGUGGCGUGUACCAAACAAGACAACAGAUUCCUCAGCAGCCGCAGCAACAGCAGCAGCAACAACAACAACAACAGCAGCUACAGUUGCAACCUCCUCAACAUGUACAAGACACAAACUAUUUAAGACAGGUGAACAAUUCAUUGCCAUCGGAUACUUCCUAUAUGCAGCAAGGGAUGCACGCAUCGCAAACACACCUGCAGCAACAGCAAAUUUACUAUACGGACGAAAGCACGGGACAACUCGUGCAGGCUACCAAUAUUUUACAAUCCCAAGAACCGAUGCUUGACACCCAGCAGCAGCAACAGACACUUCACGUGAUGCAAACACCGACGGAACAGCAGAUACACCAUCAGCAGCAACAACAGCAACAAAUUCUGCACCAACAAAUGGCAUCAUCUCAGCAGCAGCAGCAGCAACAACAGCAGCAGCUACAAUCUCCUUCACAGCAAUCGGCACAACCAGGCUCUCAUUCGGUUGUGCAAGUUGUACAGGAAUCACACCGUCACGGGCAACAUUUAAUCAUUCGUCAAACUGACCAGACUAAACAGGGACCGGGAACCAUACAGCAGACGCCACAGCAUAUACUUACUCACCAUCAGCCAGCUCAGGUGAUACUGCAAGGCCAAGGCACCACAACUCAGCUUGUGCAGCCGCAGGAACCGCAGCAACAGCAGUCCGACCAACAGGCACAACCCAGCAUACAACAGGUAGUGUAUGAUCAGCACGGAAUGCAACAGCAACAACACCAGACCGUUCCGUUGACAAUAAAUCAAACUGGAACCACCGCAGUCCAACAACACCAAACGAAAUCCACACAGUCGCUUCAACAGAUUCAAUUGCAGCAUGUGCCACAACAGCAGCAACAGCCGCGUUUACAUCUCGGUAAAAAUUCUAUAACAAUAACCACACCGCAACAUUCGCAUUUGCAGCAACAACAGGGCUCUACCAUGCACCUUCAGCAGUCGGGAGCAAUUGGAACACAAAUAUUCCCUGGAGGCGCUCGGACAUGUUUCAUUGUAACGAAAACGCCACAACAACAGCAGCAACAUGUCGGAGGUGGGACGCAAAUGGUUACCAACCAGCAACAGCAGCAACAAUCCGUGCAGAUGCAAACAAACGUAGUGCAACAAUCGGCGCUGCUCGGAACAACGCGUACGGUGCCGCUUCAACAACAUCAAUUAAAACCGGAUGCACAGCAACAAACGCAAAUAAUAACACAGCCCAAGGUUGCAACCGGACAGUUUACGCAGCCUGGUGGCGGUACGGUGCUCACACCGGCCGGAGAUUCACUGCUUCGUCCGCGAUUGACACGGCCGCGAAACAAUAGACCGGGCAACCCGAGACAACCACGAGCCGGUGCGACCACGAUCGGUACAAUACAAAUGCGAGGGCCACGACCACCCCUAACGGCGCAAAUAAUCACCGCUCCGAUACGCACUGCGGUAGCGACAUCCACGUCGACCGGCGGGUUGAAUACGCAGACGACACAGCAAACCGUGUUUCACGGUAUUAUGGCCGGGCGGAAUGUGGUGCUUACGAAUCCUCGUGCAAAAAUCCUCACGAUCAAUCGUACCGGGCAGGCUGGCGGUAUAGCCACCAUACAAGGACAACCACCACGACUAGUAAUGCAGCGAAGCAACGUUGUUCAACCUACCGGACAAACUUCACUUAAUAUUUCUCAGCAGCAGCAACAACAGCAGCAGCAACAGCAACAUGAACAGGGCCAAACAGGUCCGCAAAUGAUACAGGUCAGCUUGGCACAGGUUGUACAGCAAACGAAUUCUUCUACGCUGAAUACAGCGUCAACAUCGACAACGGCAACAACAGGGCCGGCAACAGCGGUGGUACAUCCGUUUGUGAUGGGAAAACCCACGGCGCAGGUAAAACCGACACAGGAAUCAGCAGGCAAUUCCGGUUCGAGCGUAAUGGAAGAUCUGGAAGACAGCAUAAAGGUGGCGGUAUUACCUCGACGAGGAACGGAAGAAAAUAACGCUGGCACUUCCACGGUCAGUACGUUAUCGGUGCCUGGUAAUGUGACGGCAGGAUCUGUUUACACCGUCCAUACACAACAGUCCCCACAGGUUGUUUCUUCCUCGCUGCAGCAAUCGCAAAGGAAUGCUUUGACGCAAGCGUUCGCCGACGACUCCAACAAUCUGAUCCAGAUAGGCAACGGGCUCACGAUGACACCGGCAGAGUUCCGCACGUUUCAGGAAAAGCAGCAGCAACGGCAACAGGAAGCAUUCCGUGGUGGCUUUAACCAGUCAGUACGGGCUCGCAUGCCACAUCGCGGUAUGACGAUUAGACAUCGGGCACCGACCGGUCGCCAAUUGGUGACUAUACAAACGCCACCCAACCAACAGAUUACAACCACACCGCAGAUAACGCUCCCGCAGGGACCAAUCACCAUCUCGGCCUCAGCUGUGCUGCAACAGCAGCGCUUUUUGCAGCCCGUCACCCAGAUUCAGCUGCAGCAAAUUACGCCGACAACCACACUGAAGCAGGUGCAAACGAUCGGCCCACAAUCGGGUGAAACGGAGUUCCGCGAAAGUGCCCGCAUGUUGGUUAUCCUGCAGAGUGGCGAGCAGAGAUUGAUCACGUUCACGCUGCCGAAGGAAAGCUGCACUGUGCAGGAUCUGCUCGAGCAGGUGCAGGUGCAAUACUCACCUGAUAGUAAUAUUCAGUGCAUUUCGAAUCCGGGCGGCGAUGUCGAUUACAUUGUAACGGUCGGCAUUGGAGAGUCGGAAACGGCGGAAGUGAUCAGACAGGCUGAGAUUACGCUGCGGAGUCAAGCGAUCCAACUGCACCACCAUCCGGUUCCAGCGCAGCCUGUGGUGCAGCAACAGCAGCAGCCUACUGUGAUGAUGCAACAACAACCGUGUGUAAUACAGCAAACACAGCAGCAACAACAGCAACAGCAGCAGCAACAGCAACAGCAACUGCUGCAGCAGCAGCAACAACAACAACAGCAGCAGCAACAGCAGCAAACGAUGAUGAUCACUGUGCAUCCUAAUCCGCCACAACCGCAGCAGCAAUCGCAAGUGAUAUCGCGGUUUUCCGAUUCGUUCCGGCAGACUAUAUCGCUUGGUACAGCACCGGUAUCAGUUGCCUCAGCAUCCCAUAUGCAAUCUUUGCUGCAGACCUCAACGCCGGACAAUAAUCCUGACGUAAAACAGAAGCUGAUUAAAGGUUUCCUUGCUGUAUGUGCGUCCUGCGGUUACACUGGCAUGGAUCACGCCAAAUGUCAGCGAUGCAAACGCGUGUUCACCGAUACACCGCGCCGUAUACCGGAGCCGGAAAAAUCACAAACACCGCUAUCGUCCACCAAUCACCCACCGCCGCUCGUGCCGAACGCAACAUCAACGCCGAUUGGCGGUGGGUCGAUGCGAAAGUACGACAUUUAUGCUAAGAAGCAAGGAAUGAGCGCGCUUCUAAUGCGUUCUGGUCGUGGUGCAUCGGUACGGUCUAGCCGGGGAAGGGGACGCGGGGUGGUGGCGACCAAGUAUCAGGAAAUUGAACAGUCCGUACUGACACUGAGUAGCGAUGAUGAAGACACGAACACGACGACUGAUCAAUCGAAAACGAUUUACAAAUCGGCGAUCGGUAACUCCUCCAAGGCUAACGUUUCUCAACAGCCAGUUAAACGGGAUCCGCUGCCAUGUGAACCGAUAAACAGUGAAAACGAUACGAGCGUCGUUGCUAACGAUAAACUGCGCUUGGAUAUCACGGACGUGAAGAAUCUCCCCGAUGGACAAAUAACGCAAAUCGACUGCACUAUUAUACGGUUGGGUACCCUGAAAUAUGACGCAAAUGAGAAGGUUACGAUUUCGUCGAAAGGCGUCCGUAUUGUGGCUCCGAAUGUUAGGCGCCCGGCCGAGUUUGUUAGUUUGGAUCUGCAGAUGCACGAAAUGAAGAAAGUUCUUACCCACUUCUCGAAGGCACUGAACGUAAUAUUCUUGUACACGAACAGCUCUGGUGGUGCGUACGUAAGGAAGCAUCUAGAAAUGGAUCCCAACUCGGAGAAGCUGCCCUGCUUUCGGCCGGAACUUGUCUCGAACGAUUCAACAAAGCGGAUCACCCUGCUGAUGGAUAGCAUUAGCGAGGAGGCAAAAUCAAUCAUUAGAAACAUUUUCCAUCCGAAUCUGUUGGAAGAGAUUAGUAUUCGUGACGCGAAAGAGUUGUUACUUCGCUGCUCUCCUAGUCGGUCGUUGAACACAACCAACGCCAACGUUUCCACAGAUGCGAACGGGUCCGGUUCCAACGACAUGCACGAUGCGAUGGAAAUCCGCCAAAUUCUAAUAUACCCACUUGUCGGGAGAGGUAUUACGAUAAACACGGAGGAUUACAUGUGUUUGGCGAGGGACCAGUACUUGAACGAUAUUAUAAUCGACUUCUAUCUCAACUAUCUGAAGUUGGAAAUGCUCGAGGAGGAGGAACGCCAGAGCGUGCACAUUUUCAGUACAUUUUUCUACAACCGUCUCACAAAGUUGAACACCCGCCAGAGGCCUCCGCCCGGCGAAGGUAAAGAUGUAAAGCUGUCCGCGGCCCAGAAGCGGCACGCGCGCGUUGCCAGCUGGACAAGGAGGGAGAACAUAUUCGAAAAGAAGUACAUCGUCAUUCCAAUCAACGAGCAGUCGCACUGGUUCCUUGCUAUAAUAUGUUUUCCUGGUCUCGAUUGUCCGGUUACGAUGAGCAAUGAUGCUCCCGCGCCGGGUGUGUCCGCUGCAGUAAAGCCGAAACCGAAGAACACUUCGGCACGUCCGAGGCGCAAUCUAACAAUGCAGAUUGGUAACACGACGAUAACGCCCGUUUCCAAGCGUGAGAUGGAAUCGAUCCACCUCACUGACGAUGACAUGUUCGAACGGGACGAAGCGGACGGUGACGAAAGCGAGCUGGCCAGCGACGGAGAGGAAAGCGAUGAUGAAGCGGCAGAUGACGUGCGACAGCCGAUUAAGCAACCAUGUAUUUUAAUCUUCGACUCGCUGACGGGUGCCUCCAGAAGCCGCGUGGUGGCAACACUGCGCGACUAUCUGACGUGUGAGUAUCGAGCAAAAAUGCCCGACAAACCUCCGAAGCAGUUCAACAAGCUCAACAUGCCCGGACAUUGCGUGAAGGUACCGCAGCAAAACAAUUACACCGACUGUGGACUGUAUCUGUUGCAGUACGUGGAACACUUUUUCCUUGAACCCAUACUCGAUUACCAUCUACCAAUCAGACAGCUUCAAGAAUGGUUUGAAACAAUAACGGUCACGAAAAAGCGUGAGGAUAUUUGCAACUUGAUCAAGGAACUGAUAGAAAAACACAACCCCAGCGUACUCCCAUUGCCAUCGAUUGAGCUACCCACGCUUAAUGGUAAAUUGAUAAUGGAUUCCGAAGAAGGUUUGAACGAUCCCGAAUUCGAAGAAGAGGAAAUGGACAUGGAGGACGAAUUUGUCAGUGCAUUCGACAUGACGCCGGAAGAAGACGAGCAGCAGCUGCUCAACUCGUCGUCCAAUACAAACGAAUCGGCCAGCGAAACUACCAUUACCAGUGGGCCCAGUCUGAAACAGAUCGGUUCAAAGAAAACCAUCAACUUUAAGCGUAUCGGUGGGCAAUCACUUAUCAGUAGGUCGUCUAGCAACAACUUACUCGAUAUUAGUUCGAACACUGACAGUCCAGCUACCAACAGUACUAAUGUGAGCACCAACAGUGCUGGCAGCACCAAUGUCAGUGCAAAACGUCCGUUGGGUGGGAAUUCAAAUAGCGGGAACAAGCAGCAGCAGGAAUGUGGACGUCCGAAGAUACCACGGCUCAGUGGUGAAAGUUCGAGUAAAAUAGUAACCACACAGCUAUAA